AUGCUCGAGCAACUGGCAAGACGGGAAUGUCUAGAGCUCAGCAACCAGAUUAUGAGCAGAUUGCCACGUGAGGUGCGCGACAUGGUUUACCUUCAUCUCAGCACGCGAGACGUCGAAAUCAUAGAGCGCGAGCAUUUCCGAACCACACUAGACCCUUUGACGCGACUGUACUCGUAUAAUUUCGAGCGAUGGAAGAAGCAACAUUUCCCAGAGCACUACUGGGAUCCAGAGUACGUGUCGAAGCCAUUAUAUAAUGAGCUGGUAGAGAACUACUACCGCACAUCUACUUUUGUCUUUAGCGACGAUCCGGGCGUCAUGAAGAGGUUCCUCACGACGGAUGAGAUGCGCCUCGGGCUACCCCCAAAAGAUUUGGUUGCAAAGGUGGAGAUAGGCCUCAACGCCGUGUCACAUGACCGAGGAUCUUUCCGUGCAUACAUGUUCGGGGUACCAAAAAGUCCAGAGCGCAUGCGGGAGGCGGUCGAAGGGCUUUUCGAGCUCAAGGCGGGAGCUCGGGUGGUGAUUCGAUUUGUGACAGAGGCCAAGACAGGAGAGGAGAGGGACGAGCAUUGUAGGGGGGCAAUGGAGACGCUUUUCGACGUGGCGCAGAGGGAGAAGAUGAGAAAGUACAAGGUCAAGUUUGUGGUGGAUGACGUGAGAGUUUGGGAGUUGGGAGAGGCCAUGCGACACGAGUGGGUGGCCAUUCACGGCUAA